AUGGAUAGCGACCAUGGAGAUGAUAUUCUAGAAACAAUUAUGGGAGACGCGUCUGUUGAACUCGAUUCCACCAAACACCAGCCUACGGGAAAUACUGGGAGCUACGAAGACGUCGCUCGUGAACUCGAAGAAGACAUGUUUGAGGAGGACUUCAGGCCGGAAGGAGGUGGUGAUACAACACAAGACGAAGAUGAUCCAGCAACGUGGUUAUGGAACCAAUACGCAGGUAGCGAGACGGCGAGCCAAAUCGACAUGAAGAGUGAAUACGAAGAUGAAGGCAUGGAUGUAGAUUCAAUGGAAAUUGAGAAAGUCAAGUAUACCUCGAGUGGGCGGUUACUAGUCCCGUCCUCCAAGUCGAGGGAAGCUAAAGCUUUAGCCGGAACUAUGGAAGCAGUGUGGGAAGAACUAGAGGCAGAGGCAGAGAAGAAACCAGCGGCGUCAAGAAGCAAGAACAGAUCAGCACCCAAGACAUCUGCUUCGAACAGUACAGGGGGGACACCCCAACCUCGUCCUUCGAGUGGCACCGCCAGUAACACGGGCUCAAAGUCAGGCGCAUCCAAAUCCAAGGCAACGGAGUGGGGUUUCCGAGCCUCAGAGGAACUAGAGGAGGAUACCCGGCUGUACUGUGUGUGCAAAACCAGGUACGACGAAAACAAGGUCAUGAUUGCGUGCGAUAGAUGUGAUGACUGGUACCACCCGAACUGCGUAAAUCUGGCAGAAUUCGAUGUUGAUCUUAUAGAUCAAUUUGUAUGUCCAUUAUGUGUUGCAAAGCAUAAUAUUCACACAACCUAUAAAAGCCGGUGCGCAGUUAAAGGAUGUAACCGACCUGCACGUGCUCCCACUUCGAAAUACUGCUCCGAUAUCUGUGGUAUCAAGGCUGCUACCGCUCGGCUCCAAACGCUAAGAGCACGGGGCGUCGACUUAGAUCAACUGUGGUAUGCAGCAAAAGACGCGCGACCACCCGACGGAGCCGUAUAUGUUCAUAUACCAGGUCCUACGCCUCAUCCACCUCCGGCCGGUAUUAACCACAUAGGCUCGGGGGCAACCAAAGUCUUAGAUGGACGCCAAAAAGUGGAUUUAGACAGACUGGCAAAGUUGGUCGAGGAGUCUGGACAACUCAAAUCCCGCAGAGCCGCUCUCGAAUUAGACCUCAGACAUCUCAAAGCAAGGAACGAGAAGGUGGGAGGCGAGAAGUGUGGAUUCGAUGCGCGGAUCGUGAUGGAAGAUGAGGAUUGGGCUACGUGGCUCAAUGAUACUGGCCAAUGGGCGCUGGAAGAGGGCGAGGGCGACGAGGCCAAAGCCAAACUAUUUGCUAUUUAUGAAAAAAAUGAAGGGUCAUUUUGCACAGGAAAGAAACGGUGUGAUAGGCACCAAGGCUGGCAAAACCUCAAAUUUGCGGAUUCUCCGCGGAAUGCGACUCCAAGGCUCCAAGGGGCGGGAUCUCAGAAACCUGGACUAAAGGGCUGGGCGAUUGAAUAUCACGUGCUUACCCCGGACCUGGACGCGUUCGCACUUGCCGAUCACCGCGCUGACAUGCCACCUAAAGCCUUGCCAGGCAGCUCGAGUCCUAUCAUCAUACUCACCGACACUGAUUCGGAUGAACCCAAAUCUACUGUAAAGAGCACUACGGCCAUCAUAACUAGAGGCGCUAAACGCGAGCUACACAAAGGCCGGCAGACAACAUUGGCUGAUUUUGCCAAGUCAAGUGAGAAGAUUAAGCCUGGCUCCACGCCCAAGUCUCGUUCUGGCACCGCUAAAUCUGACGAGGAUGACGAAGAUGUACUGGCGCCUACGGAUGCAAGUGCUUCAAGCGAUGGGAACAUUGGCGCCGUCCGGUUUGAAGGAAAUGGGCGGCUCCGAAGGAAGUUGCCGUGGACUGUGAUGAGUGAUGAAGAUGAAGACGAAGAGACAGGCUCCGGAAAACCGAGCUCGUCGUCCAACGUCAAACUACGCGUCGAAGAUGAAGCGAGGAUGAAGACGAAGAUGUGGCGCCCAGACGUGUGGUCAAACGAAAGACUGUGGCUGCGGCCCGUGGGACAGGACAACUUGUCUAGUCAAGAAGACGACGACGACGAUCCUAUGGACGGAUUAGACGAUCAAGGCCGGAAAUUGAGACACGACACGCCACCGGCCGAACAUUCGCCCGGUGAAGGAGAAGAUGAAGAUGAGGCUGCCAAGCCAACCAACUCACCGAGCCCGACCAACGAUGAGGACGAAAGCGAACAAGGGUCGGGAUCGUCAGAUAAUGACAGUUGGAUCGAGGACGACACGAACAAUGGGGCCCCGCCGGCCAUUUUACCCGAGGGAUAUUCGAUGCUCGGGCACCAGUCGCUUGCCCACCACUUCAAGGUGGUUAUGCAAUUAUUUGUACAUUUAGCGUGUCUGAAAGCCAAGCAACGGCGGGAAUUCAGAGAAUGUGAACAAAACGAUCAGUAUUUUGGCUUAUCAUUGCGAGCGCUAAGGAGGAAAAUGGACGGACUAAGGGAUAGCUUGGUUACAUCCUCGAUUUGGACAAGUGGUUUCAAAAAGGCCCUAAAUACGCAUCCUGAACUGGAUAUCGUCCAUCUGAAAUUCGCCGUGUCGGGGUGCGGCGCAUGUCGUAUCAGUACGCGGCUGUCAACAUUCAAGGGAUCCUUGGCUGGUGAUGAUUACAAUCGUGAUACUUUUGAGCCCAUACAGAGCCGUUCAGAAAGUGUGGACUCGGAUGACUCCGACAAUGAAGAAUCCAAUUUGAGGUUCGACCUUGGUCGGUUUUGUCGUGCUCGUGUAAAGUGUUACCACGAUUUUAUUCAUUGGGAGUGGCAAUUGUUUGAACUAGUAUCAAACGAGAUUGAGACUCUAAAGACGGCACACCGGCGCAAGGACCCGGCUUCAUCCAGAGGCCAGCGGCCGGCCGCGAAUGAUCCGGACGGAAUUAUGAACUGGCUAGAUGGACGGGGGAUUGUGCAACAGGAAUGGUCUCGGCUAGAACAGCUCAUGGACAAGGCGCGUGGAUUGGACUAUAAGAAGGAUGAUGAUGAUGUUGAGUGA